ACUGCCAACAACAAUCUCCUCGCAUCCUUCCUUCUUCUUCUCCUUUAUAAUUCGCCUACUUUCGCCUACUUAGUCAAUUUUUCAAUGACCAUAGGUCAACACAAUAUGAUUAUAUUACACCUGAUAAUACACAUCUGUAUGUGUACACACGUCAGAGAUACAUUAUACACAGCAAACAUUAUUGAAACAACAAUGUAUGAUAAUAACAUAGAAGUAGUAUAAUGGUAUUGGUUAGUAAAUUGAUUAUGAAGGCACUACGGCAUUAAAUAAUGUACUGUACUGUACACACACAGGUGAAUUAUCUCUUCGUAGCAUAAGUUGUUUUAAAGAUAAACAUUUAUUUUAAUUAAAUGAUUCAAAUUGUGUUCGUUAAUACGUUGAUUUAUGCACACACACACACGCACACAUGGCCGCACGCAUGCACGCACGUAUAAACGUACACACGCUGUGCAGACAUGUAUAUACAUACAUGCAUACAUAUAUCUAUGCACAAAAAAACCUGGUACCAAAUAAACACUGACGCUAGUAGAUGUUUGCACUAAUCUGACACACACCAACACAUCUACGCACAGAUGCACACACCUCCGAGCUCCAACAUUACAGGAAAUCGUAUCAUCGCUUAUUUACCAUUAUUUUAUAUUACUAAUAUUCGACGAAUCAACCCGGAAAACCAUUGAACAUAAUGUUUAAUGCUAUUGUCGACCACUGAUUUAUAUUUAGAAGGAAAGAAUAGCGCACACACACACACACACACACGGACACCUACGCACACAAACAAGCACACAAAUAUAAACUCAGUUUGAAUUAUGCUACAAUAAAAACUAUUAUUAUUAUUAUUUGCCUACAAAACAUCCAGAAAUUACGUCAUAAUUUACAUAUGUGAUUGAGACGGAGGCGAAAUGAUUUCAUCAAGUACUUUGUUGGCAGCUUUUUGAGGAAUUCCACGUAAAAAUAAUUUUAUUGAAAUUUUCAAUCACCUCAAGACGUCUUCAGAUGCGCAGUAUGGAUUAUAGCCAGGAGGAAUGCAUUGUGGAUAUUUAUAAUAAUAAUAAUAAUAUAUAAAGCCAUUUGGAUGGAUGUGAUAUGAACUUAAUUGACACAUAACAUACUAUUGUUCCGUUGCUAAUACUACUACUAAUAAUAAUAAUAACAAUAAAACUCAUAGAAGUGUCAAGUGGUCUUUGCAGAGGACAAAUCGCAGUUAUCUGUCUUCAUUCAGAAAUAUGGAUUUUGUAAUUUUAAAAGUUAAUGGUCAAGAUUUGAGGAAUGCAACUCAUGAAGAGGCUAUCCAGGCAUUUCAGAAAGCUAAAGAGCCAAUUAUUGUAGAGGUGGCACGUCGAGAUCCAAAUGCUGAAACAGUUCAAAAAUCAACGGGGAAUACAAACUCCACCAACUCGAAUAAUAACAAUUUCAGCAGUUUGAAUAAAUGUUCUGUAGCAAUUCAAACUGAUCCAAGUACAGCUGAGGCUACAUUAGCUGCUAUGGCUGCUGCCGCUCUAACCACUGAAGAUAUACGUACGGCGUUAGGCAUGAGACAUCCAGGGUUAACCAGUUUAGAAUGCAUUUAUCACUCCGACUUCCCGGAUCUUGUGGAUAUAGUUGAGGAAGAUGAUGACGAUUCCGACGAUGAUGAUGAUGAUGAUGUGGAGGGAGAGGAGGAGUUGGAUGCAGUCAAUGAACAGACUGGAGAAGAUCUUGAACUUAUACAGAAAAAGGAUAAUAAUAGUAAUAAUAAUAAUAAUAGUGGCGAUAGUAAAUCCACCAAAGAAGAUAUUAUUCCUCCACCUAAUAAUAACCGUGAUUAUAGAUCAAAAAAUUGUGUAUGCUUCUAUUCAAACGAUGAUCCAGAGUAUGACACUAUCUCAGAUAUGAAAACAGACGGUACAAACGAUGGAAACAUUUGGGAGUCAUUGUCUUCUAGUCAACGUGGAAAUAUACGGAUAAAGGAAGUGACAUUAUGCCGUAAAACGAUGGAUGAAAAAUUUGGCUUAACUCUUUGCUAUCGUCAAGGUGAUACAUGUGAUGCAAGCUGUGAUGUUUUUGUUGGUGAUCUGGAAUUCGAUAGUUUAGCUUCUCAAAGUGGACAGAUUUCAAGUGGUGAUCAAAUAUUACGAAUCAACGGUCAGGUAAUCAAGUCAAGGGAACAUGUUAUUGACUUGUUUCAACAAAGUAAAUCAAAGGUCGUGUUGUUAAUUGCACAAGAAAGUGGUGAUUCUUGUGAACCAGCUAAGAAUAACAAAUCAACUGUAAAUUCUGGAAUGCCAACGGCUUCAGACUCUACGAUGCUGACGACGACAACAACAACAACGAUAUUAGAUGGGAACGCCAAGAUGGAGAGUGAGUCGGUCGGUUUAUCAGCACAAGAAUCUCAGACAUGUUCAUCUUUAUCAGUGAAAGAGCUGUCAAGCAAUGAAUUCUGUGCAUCAAAUGAUUUUAGCAGCUCCAUGAAUAAGGACUGUUCAGAUUUCGUGGCAUACAAACGUCCUGAUCAAGAUUCUGGUAUGGGUAGAACAACUGAUGAAAGUGCACGUACAGAAGAAAGUUCAGAACAGGAAAUCGACAACGACAACCAACAACAACAAGUUGAUUAUGUAACUGGGCUAACACAGGUGACAAAAUCCCGGAUUAAAUUAACCGACUAUGACAAACUGAAGAUGGAUAGACUAGCCGACAGUUCACUAGCACAACAGACAACACUAAUAUCCGAUGCACCAGCGCCAACAAUUCCAACAGACGUGUUCGCUGACUAUGAUCCAGUUGAUCCCAUCGAUCAAGAAUUAGUUCAACUUGGACGUUUAAUGCAAUCAUUAGCAGUGCAUUGUAGACAGUUAGUACAAGUUAAAAUGCAGUAUAAGAGUAUAGAGAAUUAUGUUCAACAUCCAUUUCUAAUGCAUCAGUAUCCAAAUGAAUUAAAUUCCUGUGAAUAUGAUAAACAUAUUUCCAGUCAAAAUCAAUCACAUUCACAAAUGAUAACCUCGAUAACACCGACAACAAUGACGACAUCUAUUACAACAGAUGCAUCAUCCAUACCAAUGACAAUAUCCAGUCAACAAAGCGAAACUUAUUAUUCUCCAAACAGAAGUAAUUCACAGAACACAAAGCCCUUAACCAGUAAGUCAAAUGAAGCAAUCCCUAAUGGAUUACCCCUACUUCAUACAAAAGACACUAUUAACAACAAUAACAUAUCAACUAGAGUGCCAAGAAUGGGAACGAGAAUGGAACCCUCAGUAAUGGGAUCAGUAAGUUCUAAUGAUUCUGGGGGAUUGUAUCAUGAUAAGAAGAUAAACGCAGCUUCGUCUGUUGUGACACCACAAUUGCAAACAAUGACUACAACAGGUGAAAAAUCAUGUCAUAGUCGAUUUCCAUCCAGCGUUAGAGAAGAACGUGCCAUUUCCUCAGAUCGUCAAGAUGCUCAAAGACAACUGGCAAACUAUUCCAAAGAUUCCAAUCAAUUGAUUGAGUCGAAUACAGCUUAUCCAGAUAGUUUAGAACAAAAUAUGCUCAAUGGUAGCGGUGAUACAAGUGCAUAUUGUACUAGUGAAAGUAGACGAAGCCAGAAUGAUUCAUUAUUGAUUAGUGCACAUAAUAUUAUAAAUAACAAUAAAAUGAGUACUAACAAUAGUAAUAAUAUUAAUAAUGAUAAUGGUAGCAAUAACAGUGAUAUUAGUGUCCCUAAUAACAGUAAUAACAAUCCGAAUAAUAUUAAUAAACAAUCCCCGUUGAAAACUACACUAUGCAGUAAUUAUCCAGUCAGAACUACGAGCAGUCUUCAUUACAGUAUUGGUGUAGGUGGAGAUGUCAGCAGUGUUGGAGGUGGCAUAGCUGCUUCACUGUCUGAUUUAGGCGGAUCUCUACUCUCUUUGUCUGCAGUCAUUCCAGAUCCAAAUCAUCAUAACCCUCACCAUCAUCAUCAUCUUCCACAUCUUCCUCACCUUCAUCACAACUCCAGUGAACCUAAAGUGAACACGAAUCAUCUGAUAACACAUGAUUCAUUUAGUCCAUCAUCUAAUUGGUCCAUUGAUGGUAAUUCACAAUAUAAUAAUAGUAGUAUUAAUAAUAAUCAAUAUAUUCAACCAGAACCAAUGAGUAAUUACACAGAAUCUUACUAUACAUCAAUACGUCAAUUUGACUCACCAACGUCACAGUCCUCUUCAUCAGUAAUCUCCGGUAGGAAUAUUAAUAAUCAUAAUAAAUCGUCAUCGAAUGAACAACUAGCAUAUAAUAAUAAUAAUAAAACACAGGAGACAUUCAAUCAUUCCUCCUCACCUAAUCAUCAUAAUUCAAGUGGAUUGAAUGAGAAAAAGACUACAAAUUAUGCAAAAGAAGUAUUAUUAAAAGGUAAUGCAAAAUUACAAUCUGUUAAUAAUUAUCCCCAUCACCAUCAUCAUGCCAUACAUCAUCCCUAUUCACAACAUCAAUCACAGUAUAUGAUGAAUCCUCAACAUCAACAAUUGCAUAACUCCAAUGUUGUAACAUAUGAACAGAAUUCACAAAGGCUUAUAAAAGACAGUAAUUCUUCGUGUGAUAGUCAAGAAAACCUCAACAAGAAGAAUAAUCCUGAAUCAUCUGGUGAUAGAACUCUCCUGGAUAAUCAAUUCAAACAAUCACUACCGUCAAUGAAUCAUUUCCAUGGGAUGAAAGCUGAAAAGCAUUCACAAUUCACGCAUAAUUCAGUCCACUCCUCACAUACUACAUCUCAGCUAGGCAACGAUGCUCAUUUAUCAUUACAUAGUAUGCAUUACUUACCACCAAAAUGUCCUCCAUUCAACAGUUUGUUGGCGACAAUUAGCGAGACAAUUCCUUCUUUCACAAGUGGUAUUCGUGCGGUAUCCGCUGCAACGGCAGCCUCUUCUUCAUCUCAUCUUAGGUAUAAUCCAUUACCACCACCCUUAGAUAAAAGAAUCAACUGUUCACAACAUUCAUAUGAAUUUUAUGAUCGGUUCUGUUUACCCCAGUCAAUGCCAACAGCAGCAAAACACAGAGCAACCCAUAAUAUCUCACAACAACCACCUCCACUCCCACCAAUACCAACACAACAACAACAACAGCAACAGCAGGGACAAAAUUCCUUAUCAAAUCAGCAGAUAUGUAAACAGUUUCCACGAUUUAAUGAAGAAACUAAUCUGAAUAAUGAAGAACCGAGUCUUUCAGAUAUCUAUGAAACACCCUACGCUUCUGUAACAAUAAACGAUGAACCAGUGAAUGAACAAUACCCAUCUAAUAAUAUACCAAGUAAUCCUUCAGCAUCAAUGUCAGGUAUGAAUAGACCUGGAGAGUUUAUAAAUUUACAGUCAAAGUCUACUACUAAUUGGUCUUUGGAUAAUAGAAAUGCUUCAAUUCCAGUUGAUUCUCAGAUGCCUUCAUCUAUGAUGAACAAUGUUAACAAUGUGUCUGGUUCACAGAUGCAUCAGGCUAAACACCUUGAUCCAUAUUUAUAUUCAAUUGGUUAUUUAGAUUAUAUUACUAAUAAUCCUCUAAUCUAUCCUCAUCAAAUAUGUCCUUCUAAACAGUAUGCUCAGAAUAUUAUAUCCUCUACUAGUGGUUUACCUCAAUCUGGACAAAUUUAUUCAAUGGAAAAUUGGAAUAUGAUGGAAUGGAUAGUUAAGAAACGUCCAGAUGGAACACGGUAUAUAACUCGCCGACCAAUAAGAAAUCGAAUACUUAAAGAACGCGCUAAACGCGUGGCUGAAGAACGUUCAGGGAUUACAACAGACGAUGAUGCUAUGAGUGAAUUAAAAACUGGACGUUAUUGGAAUCGUUCAGAGCGUAAAAAACAAUUAGAAAAAGCACGUGCAGAUAGAAAACGUAAACAAACCACUACAGUAAUACAUCAACAACAAAAUUCACAUCAGCACAAUAUCGAUAUGAUGAAAUCUUCACAUAAAAACUCUUCUGUAUCAAAUUCAAAUAUUAAAAAUGAUAGCACAACACUCGUUACUAUGACAACCGUGUAAGAAAAACAAUAAAACAAAAAAACAAAAUAUAAAUUGUACAUUUUAAACUAUAUGAAUAAAAAAGGGCCUUUUUGAAGAAAUCAAAACUUCAUAUGACUUGAGAAAAAAACAAUGUAUUCGAUCUAAAAAUAAAAAUUAUUUCAAUAAACUUUAUGUUUCUGUCUUGGAUCCCAAGGAUUUUGUGAUCUCGUUUAUAGAUACAUGUAAAUUCCUACAUACGCAUGCACAAUACAUCAAAGAAUAUAGCUAACUAUCUGCCUCUAUUACACAACCCAAGGCACUAUUUCGGUGUGUACAAGUAUAUAUAUAUACAUAUUCACAGAUGAUUAUAUAUAAGUCAGAGAGAUUGAACAAAUCGAUAAAUCUUCCAUUGAAAAUUGAGCAUACCAUGUGCGCGCGCGCUUCUGUAUAUAAAUUGAAAAGACUUAUAUACUGUAUGGAAGAAGAUAUUAUACACAUAUAUACAUACAUAUACGUAUUAUAAUGGAUGAAUUCACUUAAGAAAUUCCUUUCUUAUAUAAUUCACUAUUAUAUAUACAUCAUAUACGAAUAAUAAUAUUUAUUGAUGACAAUACUGUUCAAUUGUUCAAUGGAUAAAUGUAAAAUUAACCCAUUAGUUGUUUUAAACAAAAACAACAACAACAACAAAAAAGUAUCAACUUUAUCAGUAUAUAAAAAAGGAAUGCAUUUAAAUGUUUAACUGAUU